AUGGGAUCAUUCAAAAUAUCCAAUCCGUCAUCAUUGACACCACAUCUCCUCCGGUUACCAGCAGAACUCCGUCUCAAAAUCUACGAAUAUGCCUUGGCAGUACCAAACGAGUAUAUGAACAAGCCGUUGAUAGUGGUCGACGAUCGCGGCAAAGCCUUCACAGCCCGCGGCCAAUACAGAGCUCUUUCAAUGAGUCCAAGUUGGGUCGGUGAAGACGGCACAGCGCGCAAGCUGCUUGCUGUAAAUCAUCAAAUCCACGAUGAGGCAGAAGAUUACCUGUACUCGCAGCACACGCUGUUCUUCCGCAACUCGUUCAACCUAGAUCGAUUAGGCGACUUCCUUGAUACGCUUAGUGCAACUGCUCGCUCGCGCAUUCGCAGCGUCGGUUUUGAGGUCUUCUUCUUCGUUCAUACGCAGAUUGGCGUGCCGAAGCGGACUAUCAAGCAGUAUGAGCUCGCGGCCAGGCUGCUUGCUGAGAAAUUGCCUGAGUGGCGGAGUGUGUUGUUUUAUCUUGAUCCGCGCUUUUAUUAUCCCUCUGCUAAUGUCGGUGGGAGGGAUCUCACCGCGAGGGGAGUGUUGGAUCUUGCUAUGCGAUUUAGGUUUUGUCGGGAUAUCAGUUUCUUCCCGUUGCCAAAUGCUGAUCAGCGGCUUUUGGAAGAGGCUCAGCAGUUUGUUUGGAGGAGUCGAUCACCACCUAGGUCGCCUGUCUACUGCUCACUUUCGAGGAAGUAUUCAGACUUCUCGAAGAAGUCUUUGCCAAGUCACUGGUCCACGUCAUCUGUUUUCUGA